CGUAGUUUGACAUGGUUUGACUUGUUUUCCUCCAGCAGGACUCGUUGGAGACGCACGCCAGCCUGUGGGCUCACUAUCCGCACCAUAAUGGAUGAAUAUUCUUUUUGAAGUACACAGAACUCCACCGAGAAGUCUUAACAAGGAAGAUAAAUUCUGAACUACCUGUACUUUUUUAUCUUAAGGUACUCUCGUCGAUUAACGCUCUGGAUAGCGCAGAAUGUGGACAAAACAAGAGAUGCGUAAAGAGGCUGAAGUGGAAGUGAGGAAAACUGAAGUGUGAGGCUGAGAAUGUGGCGGGGACACCACGGGGCAACUGGGCUGCAAGUUUCCUGAGCUUGGAGAUCUGACUAGAGCGCAACAAGCGCAGAAAGUGUUAAAGCUGCGCGCUGGAUCAGUCCUGCAGUAUCCAGUAUACACUUUGUUAAUUGGCUGAUCAAAAGCAUUAGCUCUUGAAAUACUUGGCUUUAAAUCAAACUAUAUGAACAAUCAGUAAAAGAGGAUCAAUCUUAAUUUAGGGACAAACCCGCGGCUUCCAAAGAAAACCACUGCAUCCAAAUUCAUCUACAAUACUUUUUUUCCCCAAAUUAUUGGACUGCCCCCCCUCCGAUCCCUUUUCCCUUCAAUUUUGCAAUUCUGAUUCCCGAAGUGGCUCCGAAGUGGUGUUGCGGCUCCUCGUCCCCGGCGGAUCCGGAGAUUGGAGUCUCUGCACCGGGAGGAGGCGGAGUCGGAGCUCCGGCCACACCGCAGGCUCCCAAGAGCGGCCGCGUCAAAAGGAUGGUGCGACUGGCGGCGGAACUGCUGCUGCUCCUGGGACUUCUUCUCCUUACCUUGCACAUCACGGUGUUGCGGAGCAGUCCGCUGCAGCAGGGAAAUGCAACUCUGAGCCUGGACGCAGCACUUAGAGAGCAGAACAAUAUAAAUGCAAAAAGUAGCUCAUCAGCCCAACUGGCUCCUGAAGAUCGGAGAUCUGGUCCUGAACAUCGGUUGGCCCACCGUCCUGCCACCCUCCCCUGGGCACAAGGCACGGGCAGCAACGUACACAGGGACGGCCCCGGAGCUUUCCUCCUAGAUCUGCACAAUUUCCCCGACCUCUCCAAAGCAGAUAUCAAUGGACAGAAUCCCAACAUACAGGUGACCAUUGAAGUGGUGGAUGGGUUGGAGGGCCAUGAGCCAGAAAAAGGACUCCGUAAAGAGAGUAAACCCAACUGGGCUUCUCCUAACUGGAGAAACUGGUGGCCUCACACUUCCUCCUCCUCUUCCUCCUCCACCUCAUCUUCCACCACUCAUCAGACAGAGGACGAUCGCUCCUACGGAAGCAAAAGUGAGGACAGUAACUUCCUCAGGCCGCCGGUAGACUGGGACAGAAGAGGAGGCACCGGAGGAGGAGGCAAAGCUCAAACUGAAUAUGACUACAUGGACGGAGAGGGGGACUGGAGUAACUGGUCAGCGUGCAGUAUCACUUGUGGAAAUGGAAACCAGAAGAGAACCAGGUCAUGUGGUUACGCCUGUACAGCCACUGAGUCCAGGACCUGUGAUAUGCCCAACUGUCCAGGUAUUGAAGAUGCCUUCAAGACAGCAGCUACUGAAGUGAGCCUGCUCGCUGGAACAGAUGAGUUCAAUGCCACGGAGCUCUUUGGUGUUGACACAGACAGCUGCGAGCGAUGGAUGAACUGCAAGAGCGACUUCUUGAAGAAAUACAUGAGCAAGGUGGCGAACGACCUUCCCAGCUGCCCUUGCUCUUAUCCGACUGAGGUGGCGUACAGCACGGCUGAUGUACACGAUGCGCCUACACGCAGAGAUUUCCGUUGGAAAGACGCCAGUGGGCCAAAAGAGAAGCUGGAGAUCUACAAGCCUACGGCGCGUUACUGCAUCCGCUCCAUGCUGACGCUGGAGUCCACCACACUGGCUGCACAACACUGCUGCUAUGACGACAACAUGAAGCUCAUCACUCGCGGCAAAGGGGCCGGCACACCCAACCUCAUCAGUACAGAGUUCUCAGCUGACCUGCACUAUAAGGUGGACAUCUUGCCUUGGAUCAUCUGCAAGGGAGACUGGAGCCGCUACAACCAGGCCAGGCCACCAAACAAUGGACAAAAGUGUCCUGACAACCCUCAGGAUGAAGACUACUACAAACAGUUUGAAGAAGCAAGGGAAUUCUAGCCCACUUUAAAGUGAAUGGAAAAAAAAACACUUAGAUAUUCAGCUUAACCUCAAAAAUGGUGCUGAAACCAUUUUUUAUUCUCUUUUAGGUCAAAUAACACAUGAACUUUUAGGCUCUGAGGAAGAAGACUUACUGCUCUUUUGAACCAAGAGGAUUUAAAAUCCAACAGAGUCAGAACCCUUACUUGGACACAAGGAACUUCUCUUGACUCCACCAAAACCAGGCACAAAAUGAUGCUUUGUUUUUUAAAUGUUUUUUAUAAAAUAUGAAAAAAAUUAAUGAAAAUAUUUGCCGGUAAUUUGUCUCGCCAGUUAUAACUCUUUCAGAUUUGGUCACUAAAGGGAGAACCUAUUCUUAAAAAGGGAAAAUUAUUAUCGUAGGUAUGUCCUUUUAGAUUGUGUACAUGUUUGUCUCCAUAGAUUGUUCAUGUCUGUUGAAUCUGAGAGGCCUGUGGUAAUAGAAUAAUGAGAUCC